AUGGACCCAAAAAUGGAUAGUGGAAUGAUACUUGAUAGUGAUUUGAACAAAAAGCCAUUCGAAUUAAAAGCUCGAUUAAAACCUGAACAAGUUCUCUGGAUUAUGGAUCGAUUAUUUAUUUGUGAGAUGACAUGGCACACUGGCCAUUCUCUGUCUCAAACUUUGUUUACUUGCAUGUAUCUGCAUUACGUUCCAGAACUUGUGCCGGAAUUGUUUUCAAGUACUACAGAUGCUAGUAAUGAUAUAACCGAUCAAAAUACAGAGGCUCCUAUAGAAUUUGUUAUACUAGUUCUUAAAGCAUAUGUUAUGGGCACUGUUAAAUGUUGUCAGUUAGUUUUGGAUGAAAUGUCAAAAGGAAACGUGUAUGAAGAAGAAGAUUUUGCAACAAAUAAAUAUGGAAUUUCGAUAUACGAAGAUUUCCCAGAAUCACAAGCCAUAAAAUUGCUAGAUGAUGCUGAGACUUGGUUAGAACAGCAUGGUGGACCAUGGAUUCGAUCGCAUGCUCAAAAUCAAAUUGAGGUUGCAAUGAAACUACUGAAUGGUUCCAAAGGUGAAAUUAAUAUAAAUAAUACGCUAGAUUUAGGGAUUGAAGUCGAAGGAGCUUUUGAUCCUUUGAUCAAUCGUAAACUAAUAUCACAAACACCCCCACGACCAAUUCGGCUUUUGUCAAUACAGGAGUCUAUCGACGAAAUGUUGAAUAUGUUUAAGAGUCUUAACUCGAUAUGUGAAAUAAUCGAUUAUAAAUCGGCAACCAGCUUAAAGCGGCCACCACCUUGCGCUUUUUCAAGGUCGUUAUUACAGUCAACUGUUUGUACCGAUAAUCGUAUCCUUGGUAAAAUAUCGAUAUUUCAAUUGGUGAAAGAUUCUGUAACAGAAUUAACGAAUCCACCAUACAUUUAUUUUGCAUCCAAAAAUGAAAUGGAUGUAUUGUCUAAUGGCGAACAUAUUGAUGAAACAAAAUAUAAAAUAUCGAGGCUGACACAUACAUUUGUUGAUAGUACUAUGAAGCCAUUGACAGACUAUUUUCGGAUUUUAUGUCAUAAUCGUUCAAGACAACGACGGAAUAUGUGCAAAGUGCUCGCGGAUUGGGACUUGUUGCAAGAAGAGUCAGAGCACAUAGAUAUUGAAUUACAAUCAAUAAUCAAAGAAGAACCGUUGAAGACCGAUGAAGGGCAAUCAUAUUCUUUUCAUUUUUCUUCAUGGGUUUACCAUCACAAAUUGAUGCUGAUGGAAGAAAUUUUAUUCCUUGGAUUUGAGCUGGAAUUAUACGGGAAUCAUGAAUUUGUAAUGAUAUAUUGGUAUCUUGAUUAUUUAUUAGGUGUUCAUUAUCAACACCUAGAAAGGAUACAUUUGCAUGCAACAGACGAUAAAAAGUUCAAAAAACAAAAGAGUCUUCAGUCUGCACCCUCUUCAUUAUCAUCUGUGUCAUUAAUAAUAAGUUGUCAGACAUUUGUUGUGGCUCGGCAAGAUAUAUGUCGUGGAAUUCACAGGAUUAUAACUGCGCUCCAAAAAACAGGGCACUUUAAACCACCUCAAUUAGAAUUUGAUGAUGAAAGUACGCGUUUUUGGCAUAGAUUUAAGGUGUACCGAACAUUAGGAAGCCCAACGAUGUUAACUUUCCAAGAGCUCAAGGAGAUGACACAGUUAGACAAUAUUACGACACUUGACCUUUUUAAUGUGUCUCUUCGGAAUUUCCAGUCAGCAAGAACUUCGAUAGAAAGUUUACUUUCUAUGAAGCCUUCCGACACCAGGAUGGAAUAUUGCCAUGCAGAAUUCAUAAAAGAUCUCCGGGCCAUGCUUGCCGUAUGCAUUGCAAAUAUCAUAAAUUUGCUAAAGAUUAUAGAUGAAUUUAAAUCGAUCAAUGAAUCAAAUAAAAAUGAUGAUAGCGAAUCAAAAAAGAAAGGACCAUCGACACCAUCACAAUCACAAAAUAUUGCGAUUAAUAAAGUAGUUAAUUUUGAGUUUAAAUAUCAUCCAUGGUUUCCA